ACCGUGCAGUGAACAUCGCGCCGACCCCCACUCUUCCGGUGUUCCUCAGGGUCAUUGAUACACUCACGAGCCGGCAGCAAAGUACGUUGCCCAGCAGUGUCUUCGUUUCGAAAAGUGAACACUCACUCUUCUGAAUCAUCGGUAGUGUUUUGUCUGGCGUAGUGCAUGAAAUUCAAAAAAAAGGAGUUUAAAUCAACCUCCAUCGGAUCAGAUUGUUGCCCUCUGCAAAUUAAAAAAGAACAGAUCUGAUUGUUACCUUUUGAAAAUCAAAAAACAACUCAAGAUAUUCUUCCAAAACCGUAGAUUCAAAUAAAUACCCGUGACAUUUCAAAACGAAGACCUAAAUUAUAUACUAAAAUAAAACUUUUGAACGGAACUGUGUCACCGAAAGCAGAAAUUCGUCUCGUCAAACGAGUGGAAGGCACAAAUAAUCGACGUACGCAAGAGGUUACAGCUGCCGGAGAUUGAAAAUGAGAUUCUUCGCAACAAACAACCUCUUCGUGGCGACCGUGACCUUCGUCGCUAUAACAAUGCCACGUCAGAGUUCAUCUCUGCCAACAAUGAGGGGCGAUGCAUCGUAUCACCAUCUCGUUCGAAGGGACGUCACAUCCGAUUAUCGAGACGAAGACAGGUCAACAAUGGCCGAGACACGUAACAGUCAACAAUAUCCACGCACCGACAAGUCUCUAGCCUUCUACGACUACUGGCAACCGCCUCAUUUCACUGGAGGCUACGUGCCCGAGUUUCCUUUCAACGGCUACGCUGCUAGCGAAGACGCUAAUGAGAUCUUGGCCAGAACAGAUCCCCUGGACAACAUCAUCCGCCCCAAGAACCCGAUCCCAUACCCUGACUCACCAAUCUACUAUAUUCGUUUACCCCCCACCCCUUAUGUUUUCGUUCCUGGCAUGGGAUACGUCAGUCAGCCACCGCCCCCCUCGCCUCUAUCGUCGCAAGUCAGUCCUUUCAUUAAUUUACCAAUAGACUUUAUCGCUAAUGGUAAACCAACCAAUAUAUACCAAUGGUCAGGGGCACCAACUAUGGAGCCUGGAAUAACAGAGUUAAAUCGGCCCAGUCUUCCUUCUUAUCCAUACCCAAAACCCAAACCACCAGCGAAACCGGAUUCAACAAUUAAUAACCUCAACAAUGGACCUUACGUCUUCAACGGAAGGCCCAGUGACGUUUACGUUCUGAGAGAUUCUGUUAAUUCCUUAUAUUCUGAUGCUCUACAGAAUUUCUAUCCUUAAUUAGGUUUAUAAUGUGACCACGUAAUUCCGACGUUUCGACCUACGCUGUUUUAUUUAUAUUAAUCCUCCUGCUAGUGCAUUUUAACUGUGUUCUUGAAAACCAGAAAUAAUGAGCUUUAAAGGUUAAGAGAUGGCUGGUCUGAUCAUUUCACCGAUCUUUUACCAACAAAUUCUGACCAUACAAGACAAUGGUCCUAAACGAGAUAUAUCGUGUGUAACGUGAAAAAUGUUACAUACACUUAUCAAGAUAAUUAUUUAAAAAAGAUACGAGUGACGAAUGUUAAGUGUGAACAAAAUUAAAAUUAGUUUACACGCAGAGUAAGUUUAAUACUCUACUCAUAAAGAACGUUUUUAAAAUAAGAUAAAAUAUAUUCCUAUUUAUAUCAAAUGAUAGCGUAGAUAUAGAAUUAUAUACACAUGUUUAUGUACUGUUCAGAUGUGCAACUUUUGUGCUUGAAACACAAAAACGUAAUUUUAAAUGCAGACAUGGAAGAUAUUAUUAGUCGUAAAAACAGCAUAACUGGCCAGAGACUUCUUCAAAUCAGUUUAAAUCGGCUUCUGUGACAACUGUGGUAAUGAAGAAUAAUGAUAAUAUUGAAAAACCGUUAUCCACUAACUGAGGAUAACAAUGGCAUCAGUACCACGUUCGAACAACAAUGACACGUAUUCAGUUGCAUUGAACGUAAAAUUCGGAUGGUACAUGUGAUUUGACACACACUACAAGUAUUAAGCAGAAGACGUUAUGAAAAGUAAUUACACAUUCACUAGAAAAGUUAAAAAUAUUUUUUAGUUUAGAAGCUGAAUAAUGAAGAUUUACAUGUCCUAUUUAACUCAUUAUCAUCAUAUUAUGCUUAAGAAGUAUAAACAAGCAAAAUUAAAUUUUACGUAGCCUUAGUUUUGUACAACUAGCUUAAGUAAAUAAAUGUUAUCAAAUUAUAAUUAAAAUUAUUUAUUAAGCGAAGUUUAAUGAGAGUGGAUUAUCAGAUUUCAAAACAAUAAAAUUAACCACGACAGUGAAACACUGAUGCAAUUUUUUUAUAAGUAUUCUAUAUAAUUAAAUAUAUUUAUACUUGCUCUUUUAAAUAUGCGUAAAUUAAGUUCAUAUUUAUUAAACAAAGGCAGAUUCUUCAAUUUCAUGUGUUGAGGCUUUUGGGAACAAACAAACAGUACCCUUAAGAAAACUGUAAACAGAGCGCUGUUACCCUGUAAUUAUUACAUACAACUUUAUUAAUUGUAUUUAAAUGCGUGAAAGAUUUAUUAAAACGUAUCCUUAUGUGCAAUACGA